AGACCAGUGAGUGUUGGAAUCAGUGUGGGAAACAGGAAAGGGAGCUCACGAAAGAUGGGAAAAGGAAUGCUAAUCAAAAGGAGUUGUUCUUCCCAGCUUCCCCUUCCUUGCUGCCCUUAAAGACAACCCCACGAGACCAUUUCCUCUUCAUGUUAAUGUUUUUACUGCUAACCACUCUGCAGUGGUUCAUGUUGUGUCAGAAUGGAAAAGAGUGAAGUUGUGUAUGUGUUUUGAGGUGGCAUUCUGAUAUACUCCCUAGAGAAGCCCUUGUAUUACAAGGAAAUAAUGAACAUGGGCAAUGAGAAUAAUCUUUGUGUUCCCAAGUCAGUAGUUCUAGACUCAGCUGGUGGAACUGAGUCUUACACUUCAGCAUUAAAGGGUUUUCGGAUUUUAAUAGAAGAGAAGAUGUCCUGUUGGUUUACAGUGAAUACCUUCUGGUAUCUCCUCACUGUUUAUGUGUCCUCUCUGCUGGGUGUUUAUUUCACUGAAAACAGGGAAUACCCUCUUAGCACCCUGAGCUUGGCACUCUGUGUGGUGGUGAUCGGUUUCUUUGCUUCCCUCCUGGCCUAUAAGCAUGUUCCCCAUUUUGUAUUCUGAGUUCUGGCCCAGGGCCUGUCUGGUGGACGUGUGACAGAUAUCGGAUGAACUGUUGGCUGAAGUGAGGGCUGAGUCAUCCUGGCUGUGCUGUUUCCAGUGGCCCUGCCUCUGGGAGUCCUGCCGGAGAAGGGUUAUCGUUGAAGAAAUAUGGACACCAACACCAAACUGAUCUUCAGCACUGUUUUUACCAGCUUUCUCACCUUUCAGCUUCUUUUCUACUUUAUAAGUUUCUGGUUUUCAGCAAAAGUUUCUCCAGGUUUUAAUAGUCUCAGCUUUGAGAAGAAGAUUGAAUGGAACUCAAGGGUAGGAUCUACAUGCCAUUCUUUGGUGGUUGGGCUUUUUGGCUUGUACAUUUUGAUUUUUGAUGAGGUUGCAAAGGCUGAUCCACUUUGGGGUGAUUCAUCGCUUGUGAAAGUGAAUAUCUCUAUUGCUUCCGGCUACCUCAUUUCUGAUUUGUUGAUUCUCAUUUUGUAUUGGAAAGUGAUUGGUGACAAAUAUUUUAUAAUUCACCAUUGUACAGCGCUGUAUGCAUACCACUUUGUACUGGGGGAUGGAGUCCUGGCAUACAUUGGGAAUUUUCGCCUGCUUGCAGAACUUUCCAGCCCUUUUGUGAAUCAGCGGUGGUUCUUUGAAGCUCUGAAGUAUCCUAAGUUUUCCAAGGCUAACGUCAUCAAUGGAAUACUCAUGACAGUGGUGUUCUUCAUCGUACGGAUUGUCUCAAUACCUCCUUUUUAUGGUUACAUUUAUUCCGUGAUUGGAACAGAAGCCUACAUAAGGCUUGGAUUUUUAAUCCAAUGUUCCUGGAUCUUUACUUGUGCUAUUUUGGAUGGGAUGAAUGUCAUGUGGAUGAUCAAAAUUACAAAGGGUUGCAUCAAAGUCAUCUCUCUCCUCAGACAAGAGAAAGCCAAAAGUAGUCUUCAGAAUGGAAAACUUGACUAAAGGUGGGCUACUGAUAAGCAUACUUCCAUACUGUCCACGUUAUAUCUACUGAUAGGAUGAAUUCUUAGCAUGUUCUUGUACUUCUUAUUAAUUAUAUUUGUUAUCGAGGGUUUCAGUGCUUUUUUUUUUUUAACCUUUAGAAAAGAGAAACUAAAACUUAGUUUUUAUUCCAAGAUUUCUGAUUUUCUUCUGCAUUAUAAGCAUGGAUAAAAUCUUAAAGGUUUAAAUAAAAAAUUAUAAAUAUAGUGGUGAAUCUUUUCAGAAAUCUGUUAACCUGCAUUGGUAUUUUUCUCUGUGAAAAGAUGACUAUGCUAAUUGGGUGCACUUGGUUUUAUGUCACCAAUUUUGCUGAAAGAAUGGGAACUGCUUUUAAAUUUGUAAAUAGCUCUCAACACUUUGUUGUACUGCACUCAUUUCUUACUGUGGCUGUCAAUACCCGUUUAGGGUUUAAUUUCUAAAUUGUUGAAAUGUUCUUUUCUUAGGCUAUUAGAAAUGAUGUAUUUUUUGUUUAGAUAUGCUAUCAUUUAUGAAUGAUAAAGUAUUUUGCUUACUUUGGGAAUAAUUAGUUCAGUCAUGGAAAAUACUUCUUUAAUUUUUAGAUUUUUCAGACAUCACUUUAUUAUUUCUAUUUUUAACAUUUUAUCAAAGUACUGCUUUUUUAUUUGUAGUAAGGCUUAAGACAGAUCUUACAGAGCUCCUUAAGAGAUGAAUUCCUCUUUCUAAAAGCAUGUUAUAGAUGACUAAUAGGUCAUUUUUAGGCUAAUAGGAGGAAUCAUUAAGAAAAAAGCUUUAACACUGCUGUCUCUGUUUCCCUUGCACUUUUUCCAUGAAAAAUAUAUUAUUUCUAUUUGUAAAACCUCCCGUAGGUUCAGAACCCAACAUCAUCAGUACCAAAGUGUUAAUGCAGUAUAUAUUUGUCAUGCUCCUAAUAUGACGUAGGCCUCUUCUUAAUGAGACCAAAACUCCAAAAAAUCAGUAUUCACAUUUUAGUCACAGUUUACACCUAUGCUUGCUUAACCAGCAUUUUGAGUGCUUUGAAUUUCUGUCUUUCCUGAAGGACAGGAAAAAAAAAAUAGAUAAUUUAAUCUAAGUAUUCCGAUUAUUAAUACCCUUGUCUCACGUGAUGAUAAAUUUAUGGCUGGUGACUCUGGUUUUUUGGUUUUGGGUUUUUUUGUGUAUGUGUAAGUAUAUGUUUGCUUUUUCUUUGGUUCUUACAACCCCAAUAUAGAAUUAUAUAAUUAGCUAUUAUUGCCUUUAUUUUUCUCGAGUACUUGAUUUUAAUGAUUGUUCUUACCUAAGAAAGAAAGAAAUUUAAUCAGUGA